GAAACAGUAGACAGACAAGUGCGUCUGAGAGACUGCAGGCAUCUCUGUGAUCUCCGGGCUCGAGGCUGCAACUCCGGCGAACCGGCACCGCGUCGCCACCGGACGGGCGGAGGAUCCACCGUGCAUCUAUGAGUGUUCUCCGGCACUCGCAGCCGCUUCCCCCGCGUCUCUCCCGCGCACUUUAACAAAAAAAAAACAACAACAACAUUUUUCGGAGGAGCCCGCGUCGCCAAGAUGAUGUCCAUGAACAGCAAGCAGGCGCACUUCGCCAUGCAUCCCAUGCCCGAGCACAAGUACACCACCCUGCAUUCGAGCUCGGAAGCCAUAAGGAGAGCGUGUCUACAAACUCCACAGCUCCAGAGCAACAUAUUCGCGAGCCUGGAUGAGACCCUGCUGGCGCGCGCGGAGGCUCUGGCCGCCGUGGACAUCGCCGUGUCCCAGGGCAAGACGCAUCCGUUCAAGCCCGACGCCACCUACCACACGAUGAGCACGGUGCCGGUGCCGUGCUCGUCGACGUCCACCGUCCCGCUGGCGCACCACCACCACCACCAUCACCACCACCACCACCAGAACCUGGAGCCCCCGGACAUCAUGGACCACCUCGGCUCGCCGUCGCUCGCCCUCAUGUCCAGCGCGCACGACGGGUCCGGCGGCGGAGGAGGAGGAGGCGGCGGCGGCGGAGGCGGCGGCGGCGGCGGCGGAGGGGGGCUCGUCUCCUCUGGCCACUCGCACCCGCACAUGCACGGCCUGAGCCACCUGUCCCACCAGGCCAUGAGCAUGAACUCGCCUCUCACCCACCACGGGCUCUUACCGGGCCACCACGGGGGGAGCCAGGGCUGCCCGGGGCUCACCAGCAGCGGACUCCCCUCGAUCACGGACUCGGACACGGACCCAAGGGAGCUGGAGGCGUUCGCGGAGCGCUUCAAGCAGCGGAGGAUCAAGCUGGGGGUGACCCAGGCGGACGUGGGCGGCGCCCUGGCCAACCUCAAGAUCCCCGGCGUGGGCUCGCUGAGCCAAAGUACAAUCUGUCGCUUCGAGUCGUUAACUCUGUCGCACAACAACAUGAUCGCGCUCAAGCCCAUCCUGCAGGCCUGGCUGGAGGAGGCCGAGGGCGCGCAGCGCGAGAAGAUGAGCAAACCGGACAUUUUCAACGGCGGCGAGAAGAAGCGCAAGCGGACCUCGAUAGCGGCGCCGGAGAAGCGCUCUCUGGAGGCCUACUUCGCCGUGCAGCCGCGGCCCUCGUCCGAGAAGAUCGCGGCCAUCGCGGAAAAGUUGGACCUGAAAAAAAACGUGGUGCGCGUGUGGUUUUGUAACCAAAGACAGAAGCAGAAGAGGUUGAAAUUUUCCGCCACUCACUGAUGAGCAACGACAGCAACGACAACAACGAAUACUUCAACAAACAAAAAAAAAAGAAAAGAAAAGAAAAAAAGGACAACAAAAGUUGUGAGACUGAAUCUGGGGACCAAGGGGACACGAAGACACCAUUUUCAGUCUUUUGUCUCCGGCGACAUUUUACACGUUGGUGCACAAGUGGGGCUUUAACAAUCCCAGUUUUACAAGGCAUAUAUAUAUAUAUAUAUAUAUAUAUAUAUAUAUAUAUAUAUAUAUCUCGUUUAUUUUUAUUCUUUUCACGUUAUCGGUGAAUGUGAAGUAUGCAAAUAACAGACCACACACACACACACACACACACACACACGCGCGGGAGAUUUCGCUCAGUUGUUUCGAGGGAAAAGUUUGGCGCCGUCGUCGACAUUGCCUUUAAAAAAAAAACAAAAUAAAAAACGAAAGAGAAAAAGAUUUCAUUUGCUCGAUGCGAGUCAUUUUCUCCCGAUAGGCCUAUUUAUUAUUUGAAGUAUAGCCAUUUACGAAAUUACCUCAUUGAUUGUUGAACUGUGUUUUUUUUAUUUCUUGUUUGUUGUUGUUUUUUUUUCCUGUUGUCGUUGUUGGUAUAAGAAAUAAGUCAUGAAUCUGUUCCAUUUAUUCAUCACGUUAAUUUAUGUAUUUAUUUUUUUUUAAUUCUUUGGAGGCUGCUAUAUGAAUUCAAAUUUAGUUGCAAACUUUUAUGGCUAACGGAACGAAAAAAACAAGAAAAUGAAAAAUAGGCCUGCAUGAAAUUCCUUUCAAUUCACGGGCGGUAAUCUCAAAGUCACAUCUAUUGAUAUAUUUAUUUUGAAUUUGCACAAAAGACCCUUUUAGAUUUAUAGAUCGGUUGUGUCGAGAUGUUUUUUGUAUAUGUAUAUA